UCCGUUCCGCGAGAAACUUCCACGUGCUGUACCGUGGGAAUUACCGGUGUUUCUUCGGCGCGUGGAAGGGCUGGUGGCUGCAGCAUCAUUAUCAUUUCAAUGUUUGCUCGGGCAACACGCGCAACUCCGCUGCUCUCCCACAACAAGGACCUCCUUCGUUGAGUUAUUUUUCGCUUCGGUGAUCGACGUUCGGACAAUGUUUGCGGAGGCAUUUCCAUCAGAGGUUCCUUUCCAGACUUCCCUGCCCAAGCGAAAGAGGGAUUCCGAAGAACCCAUGGGCGACUCGGGAGGAUCCAUCAAACGCAUGCGGCCCUGUGAUAAACCACGAGUAUCAGAGUGGUUGGAGGAACUAUUCAACAUUGAUGCCGAGACCGUGUCGAAAUUGGGCUUUGACGAUUUGGUUACUUUCGACGAGAAUUUCUUCGAUGCAGAGACCGUCGUAUUGGAGAGGGAACCCCCUCUGGUUGAAAUCGUUGAUACCGAUCGUUGCGUGAAAGUUCGUUUUGCUAAUGAAAUUCCCGAAGAGGUUUUGGAGGCACAUCAUCGUCACCAUGCUUCUGGGAGAAAGGGAAUUUCCCCUGUUGUGGGCUAUUGGUGUAUGCGUGAGUUCAGCGAACUUUAUCCCGGAGCUCCUUGCUUCGAUUUUGAUUUAGUGUAGCUGCUUCAAUUUCGUUGGUUCGCUGUUUGAUGUUCCUUAUUAUUAUUAAUUUUUUGAUAUAUUUUGUUUUGUGUUCAAUAUAUAUAUAUAUAUUUUAAAUGUGAUAGUGUUAGAUUAUCUAUUUUUUUUUUUUUAAUGUUAUAUUGCCCCCCUUUUUAAUUAAUUAUAUAUAUAUAUAUUUUUACAUUUGUAGUUGCGCAUAAAAUUUAUUAAAGAAAAGUGUUAACAAUGUGUUUUCAUGAUUUGUUUCUCGCGCCUGACUUCCAUUAAUCCCUAAUAUUCCUGUCGCCAUGAUGCGUGUAAAUCCAACAUGGCCGCUCAUAAAUGUCAUCAGUAAAGUUUUUAGUGACGGGUCUUUAGUUUUGUUUGAUAUUGAAGUAAUUUUUGUCUGUCGCUCGUUUUUCCUUAUUCUACCGCAAUCAGAACAUUCACUUAUUAAUAUUGUUUUAAAGUGACAAUAGUAUAACUCGUGUGAAUAUACGUACAUAUAUAUAUGUUUAUGUCGUGUGUCACUUCAGUAUGGCCAAUGCUUUGCAAUUCCUCGAUUGCGUUAUUUAUUGUUUUGAUUAGUCCACUUUAUAGGGUAUUCGAUAAUAUAAAACAUAUGCACUCACACAUACAUAUAUAUAUAUAUAUAUAUAUAUAUAUAUACGUAUUUAUAUGCACAUUUCUCUUGCCCAUGUAAUGUUCAUACGAAAUGAAAUGUUAAUUAUUUAUUUUAUAUUAAUUUCUUUUAAUAAGAUAGAACACGCACACGCACACGUAUAUAUGUAUAUAUUUCUAGCAAAGUGAUUUUCAUUCAGAUUCUUUAGUGAUAUAGUGUUGUGUAUUUGAGGUUAUGUGUCAAUCAUUUGAUUUCAUAUAUACAUAUAUAUCUUGUAUUGUGACAACAUAGUAUUGAAGGUUUUGUUUCUAGAUUAUUGUGCGUUUAGUGUGUGUUUACAUAUUUGUGUUUGAUGAUAGAAUUUCUGUAUGCAAUUACUCAGGUCGUUGCGGUGUUAAUUAUUUUGAGCGUUUGGGCUAUCGACAUUGUCGCUUAGUCCCAAGUGUUGCGUUGUGUGUUCUAUUUCUUUUGUAGAUUAUUAAUAGUAGUUUUAGUUUAGAAAAUAGAUUAUUUAUAUGUUUAUAUAGAGACAUGCAUGUUUCAUAAUGUAGUUCUUAUUUUAUAAUGCUUUACCGGCAUGUAGGCUAGUUUUAAGUAUGUAUUUUAGAUUGUAGAAUGCACAUAGAUUAGUAGUAGUUUAGAAUAUAGAUUUUUAUAUGUUUGUAUAGAGACAUGCAUGUUUCGUAGCGUAGUUCUUAUUUUAUAACUCUUUACCGGAACGUAGGCUAGUUUUAAGUAUGUAUCUUAGAUUAUCGAUUUGAAUCAAUAAUGUAGAAAGAUCAUACAUUAAUAGUAGUUUAGUUUAGAAUAUAAUUUAUAUAUUUAUAUAUAGACAUGCAUGUUUCGUAAUGUAGUUCUUAUUUUAUAAUUCUUUACCGGAACGUAGGCUAGUUUCAAAUAUGUAUCUGUUUAAUAGAAUGCGCACACAUAUAUAUAUGUUUCUGACAAUGUAACUUUUAUUUCUUUAAUAAUACAAUAUUGUAUGUUUUAUGUAUUCGUUAGACUAUUAGUUUUUAACUUUGUAUAUACUUAUAUUUCAUAAAUUGAUAAUAUUGUAUUUAUUGCAUAGUAUUAUAAGCGCUAACUCUAAUAUUUACUAAUUUAUUACAUGCCUAGCAUAUAUGUUUAUACUUGUAUGUAACUCUCCAAGUUGAUUGAUUAAAAUAUAUUUAUAUAUACUUGUA